AUGACAAACGGCCCCUGCUCCGACCUCCCCAGGGCCCCGGUCGCACGCCGAGGCCAAACCCCGGCCGCCAGUGCGCCCACCUCCCCGGUAUCCCCCAGCUCGAGCCCCCUGCGGAUGGGCACCGAUGCCGGCGAUGUGCCCUCGGUCGUGGCACCGCACGCCGCCCCCAGCACCAGCCCCUUCGAAGGAUCAUCAAUAUACCACCUGUACCAGGGGGCCCAGAGCAAUUCUCCCGGGACCUUCUCCGAGCGCCUGGCUCCCACGGCCACGACCUGCGCCGCGUGCCGGAUCCCCUUUGCCCCGUCCGAUCGCCAGGCCAUGUCCUGCAAUAAUUGCUUCAAGAGCUACCAUCCCCACUGUGUGCCGAUGCGCAACCAGCACAUGGUCUGCUUCUGCCAAUCCCCCUCCGCCUCCUCGAGUGUCACCUCCUUCGGGUCCAGUGGCCCGUAUGCCAAUCCGGAGCAGGAUGACCUGCCGUCGCUCACUGAGUCCGUCGACUACACCUCCUCUGAGGGUGCCCUGUCGCGCUCGCAGUCACAGAAGACCAAGUCGCCGAAGCGGCGCCGGCCGCGCGCAUCGAGCUCCGCCUCGAUGCUUCCCUUCGGCGGGGGAGCUGCCUCGUCCGAGCCGCCAUUGGCCCUCUUUGGACACUUGCUGGUCCCUGUGCGGAACAAUCCUCUGCCAGGCGGGUCCAGUUGCGAGGUCUGCUCCACUUCCAUGUUCAGUCUCAAGCGAACCGGCUACAAAUGCCAAACCUGCAAAAUCCGCGUCCAUGUGAGCUGCUCGCAGAAGCUUCCCCCCUGCUCUUCGUCUGGCGCCUUUGCCGGCGGGAGGGCAGCCACUACGCCGACUGCCUCGGCCGGUGCCUCGGGCAUCGGCGGCCGGACAGCCACGGCCUCCUGCUCGACCGGGGCCGGCGGCCUCAAUUCCGACUCCAGCCUCUCGGCAACAUCGCUCUUCCUGGCGGGAUCCGACCAUCCAAGCAAGGAGUCGGUGGCCAGCUUCGCCGAUCACGACCUUCCCCGCAAGCGGAAUGACCUCUCGCGGAAUAGCAGCCUCGGGGAGGACACUUCGCCCGAGGACGCCCCGCCAUCCAACUAUCGGGGCCACCGGAAUUCGACGGCCAUCCGCUUUACGCGUUUGAUUCGCCUGCCUCCGCACCAUUUUGAGCGGCCCCGGGAAAAUAUCUACCUCAACGCAUUGAUCCGCACGACACUGGCCGUCGGCGCCCCGGAGGCCCUGCUGACCGCCAUGCCGACGGUUUCCAUCCCGGCCACCCUGCGCAUGAUCCAGCUGCAGGGCUCAGUGGUGGCAGGCGAGGACUCGGGCCCCUGUGACGCCACAGCCGGAGGCUUGGGCCCGGGCAUGGGCUGGGCCGAUGCCAUCGGCCCACCGGCCGGGGCUCUGGGCGAUGCCCCUGCCGACAUGGAGACCACUGGCGGUCUGGCACCGCCGGCCGGGCUCGGAUCCGCCGGCAAGCCGGCCUCCUUCCCGCCAUGUGCCCCGGCCGGCGCCGGGCCCGGCGGCCCCUCCAAUGCCAGUGUCCUCAACACCACAACCACCGCCGGCGGGGGGCCGGGCGUGUCCGGGGCAGGCACUCUGCCCGGCACCACGGGCUGGAUGCUGUCCCGGCAAUCAUCCGGCUGGGAGCCACUCACCCUGACCAGUCGAACCCCGAGCAAGGCAUCCCUCGAUCGGCCGGAUUUGUUGGCCCGAUCGCGCUCGAACUUGUCCUCCUCCUCCUCCUCCUCCUCCUCCUCGUCAUCUUCCUCCCAUUCGUCUAGCAGCGAUUCCAGCGGAGCCCCAAGCCCAGUCCCCGGGCCGGCACGGCCACUGGACCCAUCGUCCGGGUCCGGCUCGCCGGGUCCCAUGGGGGCUGGCACCACCACCGCCGCUGCCGCCGCCGCCGCUGCUCGCUGGCUGCCUACUCUGGCCUGGACGCCGGACGACCAAGCAGCCGCGGCGGGGGCCGUCUCGACGGUCGGUCGCCCGGCCGGCUUCUCAUCGCCCAUUGACGAACUCGCGGCUGGCGGGCGCCUCGGCAGCCACAACAACAGCAGCAACAACAACAACAACGGCGGCGGCGGCGGCGGCGGCAGUGGCACCGCCAUCGGCAACAUCCAGGCCCAUCCCGGGCGCCGGGGCAGUUCCCCCCUUGGCCCGGGGCCUGUGCAUGCAGAUUCGACGGAUGACCUGCCGGGGCUGUCGCAAAUUGCCCCUGGCACCGGGAGCGAGUCGCCCCUUGCUGCCCCUGCAGGGGGACCGGGCCUGGAGUCCGGCUCGUCCCCCUACCUGAACCGGGCACCGCGGGAAGUCCGCGCGGGCAGUGACUCCCGGCUGGCUCUGUGCUCUGGCGGUCUGGCCGGUCCUGUCAUCGGGCCGGGGGACCUCUUCCUGACGAAGGCCCACUCGACCGGGCCGGAGAUUGUCGCAUCUUCCGACCGGUGCCCCGGGUCGCCGCCCUUCCGUCCGGCCACGGCUCCGCCCCUGGCUCCGCCGGCCGGGCUGCUGGACAUGCCGCAGCGUUGCUCCCCCUCGAUGUUCUACCAGCAGGCGCUGCCGGCGCCCUGCCAUUCGGAUGCAGGCUCCCUGGUGAACAUGGAGCAUCCCACCACGAGCGAGCUGCUGGAUGGCAUUUACCCGCAUGCCGCAUCGGCCAGCCCUCGCGUGGACACCUCGGUCGAGUCGACCACCGACAGUGAGGAGUCCACCCUGGUGGCCUGCUUCAUGCAGGGGACCACCUCGGUGUCCGUGCGCGGGCUCUACUCCCUGGCCGAGGCGACCGACACCACCGACGAACUGGAGGACCCCUUUGCCGGGGUCCAGCGCGACCUGCCGGGCGCCUGGGCCGCCAGCGCCAUCAGCACCGGCACCGGCACCGGCACCGGCACCGGCACCGGCAUCGGCAUCGGCACCGGCCCGGGAGGAGCCAGUGGGCUUGGCACCCUCCCCGGGGGGGGAGCCACCGCCGGUCAUCGGGCAGCUCCGGCCGGGCCGCUUCGUGCGCCGUCCGGCCUGUCUGACCCGGGGCCUGGCAGUGCAUCCGGCCCGUCGGCCGGCCUCGUGGCCAGCCUGGCGGCCACCGCCACCACCACCAGUCCCACGCCCGGCGUCAAGUCCGAGCCGCCCAAGACCAGUGCCGGGGCCAAGUUGCGCCUGCGCAGCAAUAGCAUCAGUCGCUUCUUGGGCAUCGGUGGCGGGAGCAGCAGCAGCAGCAGCAGCAGCGGCGGCGGCGGCGGCACCGGCACCGGCACCGGCAGUGCCAGCAACAGCCAGGCCAAUUCCCCCACCACGGCCGCCGCGGCCUCCGGGCCGGCAGGCAAAACCGGCAUCAAGGCCGCCUCGCGCCUCGGCAUGACCACCAGCAAGUCAGUGAGUGCCGCCUCGGGGGAGACCUUCGAACAGGCCUCCGCCUCGGGCGACAUGCCUGGUCGCUCGCAAGCCCCCUCCCCGGGGGAGGUGGGCUACGCCACUUCCGGCGGUGGGCUCCAGUCUCCCGGGGCCGGGGGCCCGGCCGGCUCCGCGGGUGGCAGUGUGGCCGAAAAGCGCCCCGGUCUCUUUGCCAGCUUCCUCUCCGGCGGAAAGUCCCCGAAGACCGUGGUGACGACUCCCUCCCCCGGGCACCACUAUGGCAGCCCGUCGCCGGCGGCCGCCUCAACGCCAAACACUGAGGCCAUGUCCGGCGCGGUGACGGCACGCGUGUCGCGCGAGAACUCCGCCCGCGACACCGCCGGCCUGGUGGCCAGCCCCGGCUCCGAGACCGAGGCCGUGGUGGAUAUCCACCCCCCGGGUGCGGGCUCGGCACGGAGCUCGAGCGAGGGGAGCCUGGUUGGCCAUUGUCACCCACAUCACCACCCCUCCCAUCACCACGGCUUUCACGGCAUGGUCGAUGGGGAUUCCCUGCAAUCGGUGAAGGCCGGCCACAAGCGUCUCAGCUCCUUCCCGGACAAUGAUCUGGUUCGCCGCCUGGACGAUGAGCUGAUCGAGCACGUUCCCCCGAAGCAGCCGCAGCAGGCCUCCCCCUUGCAGAAAAACACCAAUCAGCCCUUCUUGGCCCCGGCCUCCGGCGAGGAGACCCUCUAUGUACAGGAGGCCGAGUUUGCCCUCUCCAGCACAGAGGGCCCCACCGCCUUGAACGAUCCCCAGGCCCAGGCCCAUGCGCAGCUCCAGCACUUCCAACAGCAGCAACUCCAACAGCAGCAGCAGCAGCAGCAGCAGGCGCAGAUGCAUCAGCUCCAGAUGCAGCAGCUUCACCAGCAGCAGGCGGCCCAGUAUCAGCAGCAAAUGCACCAGCAGAUGCAGCAGCGCUCCGGGCCUGGCGGCAUGGCCACCUCCACCGCCGCCGCCGGGGGGCCCCUCCUUUCGCCCCAUCAUUUCGCCGGCAUGCAUCCGACCGAACACCACAUGCUGCCGUCCCACCACCUGCAGGCCGCGCAGCAGGCCCACUUCCAGCACCUGGCCGUGGCGGCGGCCACCGCCGCCGGGGGAGGCGGCUUGCGCUUCCACCCGCAGCACCAUCUCCUAGACUCAGCCCACCUGGCCGCCCUGCAGCAACAGCAGCAGCAGCAGCAGCAGCAGCAGCAGCAGCAGGCAGCCUCCCUGGGGCAUGCCUACUUUGUCAGCUCCAAUGAUGCCCUGGCACACUUGGCCGGUACCGGGUCCGACUCGCCGCACCUGAUGCCGGGCUCGCCGCCAGCCGCCGGGGUCCUGGCCGGCGCCAAUCUCCAUGGUAGCAGUUACACCUGGAGUGGCGGGUCAUCGGGGUUCCUGGCGGCGGCGGCGGCCGCCGCCGCGGCGGCCUCCGCAGCCAAUGGCACCGGCGGUGCCGUGCACCCGGGCCUCAACGGUGCCGGGCCUGCUCCCAGUGCCACGGCCAACAUCCCCGGCUACUAUUCCCCCUCCUCCGGCUUGCCGGGCCACUAUGCUCCCCCGGGGCACCAUUCCAAUGGCGGGUCCCUCUCCCACCCGCAGGUUAUGUCGCUGCAGUCGCCGGCGCACUCGGGCCACUCGCAAUCCAUGCCCUCCCUGGUGGUGGCUGGGGCCGGUGGCGGGGCCACGGCAUCGCCCUUCAUGGGCCCCGGGCCCAAUGGCGCCAGUGCCGUGUCGGCGAUCGACCGCUCGGUGCCGGUCCUGUCGCCCACCUGGCAGCGGCCAUCCAGCGGCUCUGCCUCCAGUGGGAAUCUCCCGGGCCAGGCGCCGGGGUUUGCGGCACUGGCCGCGGCGGCGGCGGCGGCCCAGGCGGCCGGCUCGUCGCCCCACGUCGGGGCCCUGGGCGGGUCGUCUGCCGGGCAUCUGGCCAGUGGCGGCCGGUCACAGUCGGCCUCCUCGCUGGCCGCAGUGGCCACGGCGGCCGGCGCAAAGCACCCCACCCCGGGCCCGGAGCUGCCGCCCUCCAUCGCCAACUUCAUUCCCCUCGGGGGUGGCCCGGUUCGGUCGCCGGCGGCCGGGUCGCCGGCCCUGCCGGCCUGCCUGUCCAACCCCCUGGUCGAUGGCCCGGCCGGGGCCUACGGCAAUGGCGGGUCCCAGUCAUUGACCUUCACCGCGCCCGCGUCCUUCUUCCAUGAUGCCGGCGAAAUGCACACCGCGCACCAGUCGCACUUUACUCGCUCGCCGAAGGACGAGUACCCCGGCAACGGGCUGGUCCUGACCCCCGGGCGCGAGCGCGGGCUGGACCUCAUGAACAAUCCCUCCCUGCCGCCACGGCCGAGCCGGGCCCCGGAGCAUGCGUCCCCGCGGCUGCAGGACAGUUCCUGCAUGGCCGGGGCGCAGCAGUCCCAGCAGUACACCUCGCGGUGCUCCUCGCAGGAGGGCGGCAUCGGCGGAUCGGCCUCCUCCACCCCGGCCGGUGGCGCCGGCGCCGGCGCCGGCCUGCACGAUGUGGAAUGCAUGCGCCAGGCCCUGGUCAGCACGGUCAACCUGCCGGUCGGCGGGUCGACCCUGUACGAUUCCGGGCCCCGGUCCGAGGCCUUUGCCGACUUGAGCCCGGAUGCGGCCCAGCACCAGCCCCCCCGGCGGAAGUCCGUCGACUCGGCUCUGCACCGGUGUUACGCCGACUCGGCGGCCCAAAUGCGCCGGAUGGCCGUCGCCGCGGCAUCCAAUCGGCUGGUCGAGUAUGACAGCUCGGCCGCUGUGGAUGGCCCCGCCGCCGCUCCCUCGGUCGGUCGCAUGGCCAAGCUCACCGAACAAGCCAGCUCCGAGCAGGCAGCCGGCUCUCUGGCCUCCGGGCCCGGCAGUCCUGAUGCCAGCGCUGGGCCCCAUGCCUCGAAGGCUCCCACCACGCAGGCCCUCCUCUCGCGACUGGGCUCCGAGGAGGAGCUUCGCGACAUGCCUCUGCCCCAGGCGGGCACUCUGCCCGGCGUAUCGCGCGGUGGGUCCAAUGCCUCGUCCAUCAAUGACUAUGUGGACCCCCUGCUGCCUCCGGGCGACGAGACCCCAGAGCGCUUCACCCUAAUCCGCACCAACAGCGGGUCGUCCCUGGUGCAGCACCUCCACCUGUCGACCAACAGCCAGCUGCCGCAUCAGCAUCACCCGCAGGCGCAGGGGUCGCUCGAGCGCAAGCCCUCCGGCAAUUCGGCCUCACCGAGCUCCCCGCGCCUGGCGUCCCUGGGCGGCAGCGGCGGCACCUCGCCCCAUGCCCAGUCGCCCAGUUCCUCGCACGGCGGCACCGGCAGCGGCCAUGCGUCCCCCCACCGGCCGCAGUCCCCGCGAGCAGUGCCCACCACCGGCGCCGGCAGCACCAGCCCCAGCGGCCACAGCGCCAUCCCCCUGCCUCAGCCCAUCACCACCCCCUGCUCUGGGGCUGGCAGUCCGGGGCUCCUACCGCGGUCCGGCGCCCCGAUGGGCUCCGACCUGUCUCCCCUGUCGGAGCUUGGUAACAUGUAUGGCCGGGCGCACGGCUCGGUCGAGAGCCCGGUGUCCCCGCACCAGCAGCACCAGUACCAGCCGCACCAGCACUAUCUUCAGCACCACCAGCAACCGCAGCAGCACCACCUGGCCGCGCCCUCGCCCUAUCCCAGCCGCUCGGGGCCGCAUAUGCACUCGCAGACGCAUCCGUAUCCCCUGAUGACGGACAUGCUGCCGCGGGGGACCGGCCCCGGCCACAGCCCCGGCAUGAAGAAUGUCCACACCCUGGGGGCCGGCACCGAGACGCUGCCCGGGCGUGCGGCUUGCCCCUCCUCGACCGGGACCCUUCCCGGGCCCUCCUGUGGCACGGGGACCCUCCCCGGGCCGGGUGGGCUCGGCGGGCCGAUGCCGGCCGCCACGGGGACCCUCCCCGGGCCGCAUAUCGGCGGACCGAUGGCCCCGGCCGGGACCCUCCCCGGGCCGGGGAACUUCCCUGGCGGGGCGCACUAUGCCCCAGCCGGCAUGCCGGCACCCGGGCAGCCUGCCACACCCGCCGCGGUGGCUGCCGCCGCCGCCGCCGGGCAGAUCCCUCCCCAUAUGCUGAUGAUGCAGGGGCGCUUCACCGGCGGCAUGACCCCCGGGACCGGGUCCACGGAGUCCCUUCCGGGGACGGUGACGGCCGCGGCGGUUGUCGCGGCUGCGGCCGCCGCCGGCGGCUACUCGCCCACCUACCCGACCAUGGAAAUGUCCGGCCUGUCGAUCCCCGGCACGAACAUGAGCGCCUUGCUGAAUGCGACGCCGCAUGUGCCGCCGGCCCCCGGGGCCGCCAGCGGCCUGACCCGCAGCAGCACCAUGUCAAGCAUCUCGUCACUGGCUUCCCCGGGCCCGGGCGUCGGUGGCAACCAUCCCUACCUCGUGGCAGGAGGCGGGCCCCCGAGCGGCGUUGCGCCCGGUCACUAUCACCAUCCCCACCAGUAUGGGCCACAUGCCAUGGCCACGGCCGGGGCCCCGCCACCACGCAUGGCCAUGCACCUUCCGUCGCACCAUCACCCGGCCUCGGCUCCGGCGCACAUGCUGGCCCACGGCCCAGGACACUAUCAGUCCCCGCCGCCGCCGCCGCAGGCCGCCACCCCCGGCGGCCAGGGGGUUUCGCUGCCUGGGUCCCCGCGGCAUGGCAUGGACCCGCUGGGGGAUCUGCCGGCCGGGCCGCCCCCGCCCGCGCCCGCGCCCGCGCCCGCGGCCAAUGCAACCGGCGAGUCCGACGUGCAGCGUCUCCUGGGCCAGUCCAUGUCAGACUAUGAGAUCAACCACUCGGUCAUCUUGGGCAGUGGUCAAUUUGGCGUGGUCAAGCUGGCUCGGCACAUCCCGACCAAGACCAACCUCGCGGUCAAGAUUGUGGACAAGCGGCGCUUCUGGGGCCGCGGCCGGAGCAAGCGCUCUAUGACCAGCAUGCGUCAGCUCCAGCGGGAGAUCGAGAUCCUCGGUGGUGUCCGCCAUCCUGGCAUUGUUCUCCUUCACGCGGUGUUCGACGACCAGGACUCCAUCUACAUGUUCAUGGAACUCGUCCCCGGUGGCGAUCUUCUGGAGCAUGUCGAGAAGAAGGGUGCCCUGGCCGAGGAUGAGGCGCGGUUCCUCUUCCACCAGCUGGCCGUGGCUGUCAAGCAUCUCCACGAUCGCGGGGUCAUCCACCGCGACUUGAAGCCGGAGAACCUGCUCCUUUCCAAGGAGGGUGGCCUCUGGCGGCUGAAGAUCGCGGACUUCGGCUUCGCCAAUGUGGUUGGCAACGGCGCCGGCCGGGCGGCUUUCCUGACCAGCGUCGUCGGCACGCCAGCCUAUGUCGGUGCGUGGGGCUCUUUGGCGGGCUUGCCAUUAUUCGCAAAGUUACAGGGGGAAGAAACAAGCAAGCCUUGCUAA